UUGAGCGCGUAGGCAUGCAUCUCUCUGCAGGGCUUCGACUUGUGAAUGAGUGUGUGAGUGUGUGUUGUGCGUGUGACCGCACAGCCCCGCUACUGAAACAGCGCAAGCUGCUCAAAUCAAAACAUAAGUCAAAGCAGCGACAGAUCGCUGAGAGAUAGCUCUCGGGAAAGACAUCUGCGCAGACCUGUGCUGCAUUUCUUAAUAUUUCAUUCGCUCUCAAUUCAGAAGAACAAAAGUCAUCAAGUUUGUUUUUCUUCUUAAUAAUUAAUCUAUCAAACCAUGGCUUGCCCGGAGACACACCCUUUUUCAACAGAAGCGUCAGAUUGUGAUGCCACAUCGCCGCUCCAACUGAAGAAAGGCAUGUCUAUUUUCCUGGACAUUUUACGAAGAGCUGACAAGAAUGAUGAUGGCAAGCUAUCCUUUGAUGAAUUCAAGGCUUAUUUUACUGAUGGAGUUCUCAACACAGAAGAGAUGCAUGAAUUGUUCCGUAUCAUUGAUAGCAGCCACACUGACAACCUCAACAUUGAGGAAAUAUGUGAAUUCUUUUCUCAACAUUUAGGAGAGUAUGAAAAUGUCUUGGCAGCUCUAGAAGAUUUGAAUAUUUCUAUAUUAAAAGCAAUGGACAAAACAAAGAAAGAUUACGAGAAUUCAAGUAAUUUGGAACAGUUUGUGACACGUCUUCUGCUGAAAGAAACUGUAAACCAGUUUCAGUCUUUGCAGAAUUCCUUGGAAUGUGCGAUGGAAACUACAGAGGAGCAAACGCGGCAGGAAAGACAAGGUCCAGUAAAACCGGAGCAACUUUCAAUCAACUGGUCAGGAAAACGAUCCAUUCGAAGACUUCAGAGAUAUAAUAGCCUGUCUCCAAACAAUUCUAAUUUCAGCAUCUUAAACUCAGAUGAGGACAUCCAGUGGAUGACCCAGAUAAACAGACUUCAGAAGCUCAUUGAUCGCCUGGAAAAGAAGGACUUGAAGCUGGAACCAUUGGAGGAAGAAGUAAUGGAGGGAAAUGCUAAGUCUCAUAUUCUUAUUGUUCAGCGACAGAUGUCAAUACUGGAAGAAGAACUGAAGGAAUUCCGUUUAGCUUUGAGACAGUAUGUGGUAUCUGCAACCACACAAACAGGAUGCUUGCAUAUUUCUGUGCAGAAGCUAACAAACGAAUCCCGCUUUAUACUUUAUGAAUUCUGGGAAAACACCAACCUCUGGAAAAUGCACAUCCAGACCAAUGAUAGCAAGACCUUCCAAAGGAGCAAUGUGGAUUUCUUGGAUACUCCAGAGCUAAUAACAACAAUGCUUGUACCUGCUUCAUGGUGGGUUCUGAAUAAUAACUGAAACUGACCUUCAUUGUAGUAGAAAAUUUGUGUAGUAUGAAUUAUGUAAAAUAUCUAUAAAAUAGCUUAAUGUAUGAAAUAUUAAAAAUGAAAUAUUAAUAUCCAAAUGCAUGAAAAAUAUUACCAAUUGCUUAUAUGAUAAAUAAUGACUGGAAGUAAUGUGCCCUAGUUGAUGAAUGUUUGAUUUAUAUGCAAUUUAUAAUCACAUGUAAUUAGUAUUAAAUAUUCUGUAAAACAGUGAUAUAUUUUCUGUAGUGCAGUAAUUGAUAUGUAUUCUAUUAUUAUCACUAAUAUUAAGAUGGGUAUAUGUUUAAUGAAUUAUAAAAUAUAUUUCUUGUCAUUUAGUAUAGAAGUAGUCCAAUAAUUUUUUUAUGUUAUGCAAUUUCUCCGAGUUACCUGCCAAUAGGAAUUUAGUAAUCUGUAUACAAUCUCACCUUUAUUAACCUUGGUCAUUGUUGGAUAUCAGCUCCAGUUUAUCUUCAGCAUUCAAUGAUUUCACAAAGCAGGCUGAACAGCCGAUGACAUUGAAGAUUUCUUACAGAUAGCGAUUUGUAGUAUUUGAAUAUUUUCGAGUGUGAAAUUAAGAUUGAAUUAUAUGCAAGAUUAAGGCUGAAGUGAAAUGUCAAGAAAAAAAUCUUAUUUUAAACAGGUACUGAAUUAUGAAAUAUUUAUGUCAUAGAAUGACUCUCCAAACAUUGACUGGGGAUAGAAACAUUGUUAACCAAUGAUAUAUAUGUUAUUAAAAACUCAAU